CAGUCAGACGCCUUCAGGGAGCAUCCACAAUGAUCAAGCUCGUCGUCCUGGCUACCGCCGUGGCCGCCGCCGCAGCCAGCGGCUACGGAGCUGCUCAGAGCUACACCCGUGUCCACACUUCUGACGGUUACGGCACGUCCUCGUACGGAACUGAGAUCGUCCAUCCCACUUACGGCGCCGGAUAUGGAUACACCGGUGGACACGGCACCGGACACGGUACUGGAUACGGUACUGGAUACGGCACUGAAUACGGCGCACAUCAGGGAGGAUAUGGCGGAUACGGAUAUGGAUCCGUAUCCGGAUACGGAGGCUACGGACUAAGCCACGGAUAUGAUGGAUAUGGUGCCGGCCGUGGCUCGUAUGGUGGCUAUGGAUACGGCGCCAACCGCGGAUAUGGGGGAUACGGAUACGGCGCCAGCCGUGGAUAUGACGGAUACGGAAAUCGCGGAUAUGGAUACGGUGGCGCGCGUGGAUACGGAUAUAACGGUGGUUACGGAUACGGUGGAUAUGGCAGGGGAUACGGAUACCACUAACGUCGCCAGUUUCAGUUGUGUACGAGUAUUGACUCAUUUGUAAUUAUAUUUGAACUUGCUUGUCUGUGUGCAAUGUAUGUGAUUCAACAACAAAUUGGGAAAUAAAAUAUUCAUAGCGGAG